UUGCAGGCCGUCUACUGAAAAGCAGGCCUUCAUCACCAAAAUGUGAGUUUUUACGAGUUGCUUGUCUAUUUAAACACAAUAUUAGGUCAUACCUGCUUUAAAGUUAUCUAACACAGACAACUUUGACAGACGGAAGCUUAGCUAGUGGCCCUCCUGCUUCAGAAUCUUCCACUUCUGUUUCCCAACCUAAACAACACGAAUAUCUCCCAAGAAAUGCUGCUGGACCUAAAGUUUUAGCAAGGGAAACAAUAGAACUCAAGCAUUAUUUUUAUAAGGAUACAAAUUCAAAUGUUGGGAGUGCCAGUAUUCGCAGUCACAGUUCUAGCAGUGGAGACUCUGGAUCAUGGGCCUCUGAUCGAACAUCUCCUGGAAGUUCAUUCGCAGGGAUCCAACCUAAUGCCCAGUCACCUACAGGCACUCCACCCCCGAGAUCUUUUCUUUACACUCCACCUGCUGGUUCUUUUGUUGGGAAUACUCCCGCAGUCUCUUAUGCAGAAACACACCCGACAGGUUAUUAUAGGGGCACUCCCCCGUGGUCUCUCCUGUAGGAACUCCACCCACAGAUACUUAUGCAGGCACACCACUAGCACUCUCUCGCCCAGGAACUCCACCAGGAGGUCCUUAUGCAGGGACACCACUAGCCCUCUCUCGUCCAGGAACUCCACCAGGACGUUCUUAUGUGGAUACUCAUGCAGUUCCUUAUGCUGGUACUGCGCCUACAGGUUCUUAUCCAGGCACACCUCUAGCACUCUCUCGCCCAGGGACUCCACCAGGAUGUUCUUAUCCGGACACCCAUCCAGUCCCUAGCUCUGGUCCUCUACCCUCAGUUUCUUUUCUAGGUAUACCAUCAGGUUCUGAACAAAGUGCUUCUCCAAAUCAGAUGUCUGAACUUGAAAAGCUGAGGAUUGAACUAAGGCAUAUCGAAAAAAUGUAUGAACUGACCCAGAAUAGUUCUAUUGAUGAACGGGUAAUCUCUUAUUCAACGCCAACUAAUUUCAACCACUCCCUUUGUUUAAAAAUGCUUACAGAUUAAUGUGAACAUCUCAAAAUGCUUGCUCAAAGAUGAUAUAUAAGCUACACUAAUUGAACUUCAUGUCAAUAGAUAUAAGGAACUUCCAUUAUAUAUUUUCCAUGUCCUGCUUAUGUAAUUUCACCUUUGUAGUUCCAAUUUCCACUUGAUCAGCUCCAAGAAAUGAGCAAGGAGCGAUUGGAGGAAGCACUAAAACUGAAGGAGGAUAAAUGUAAAGAGAUCACUAAUCUUGAGAACAAAACCAAAGCAGCACAAUUUGCAGCUAUAGAUACAGGGGUAAAAGCUGAAAGAAAUAAUCGCAAGAGCAGAUCUGAACAGGCUCAAGAGGAGGAAAGCAAGAACAGGCUCAAAGAGCUGUUUGCAAGUCCAGCCGUUCAGUAUCAGAAGUUUACAUGGGAAGAGAUCGUGGAAGCCACUUCGUCCUUGUCAGAGGAGUUUAAGAUCGGGGCAGGUGCAUUUGGGAUUGUGUACAAGUGCAAGUUGCACCACACUACUGUGGCAGUAAAGGUCCUCCACUCUAAAGAUAGUGUCACAAACAAGCAAUUCGUUCAGGAGCUAGAAAUCUUGAGCACAAUUCGUCACCCUCACCUACUGCUGCUCCUUGGAGCUGUUCCAGAAGAGAGUUCACUUAUAUACGAGUACAUGGACUACGGUAGCCUUGAUGAUGUGUUGUUUCAUAAGAAUGGAAAGCCUUCUCUACCUUGGUAUGAAAGGUUCAGAAUCUGCUAUGAGGUGGCAGGGGCACUUGCCUUUCUUCACAGCACGAAGCCAAGACCUAUUAUUCACAGGGACCUGAAACCAGCAAACAUCUUGCUUGACCACAACUUAGUUAGCAAGAUUGGUGAUGCUGGUCUAGGUACAAUGAUCAAUUUAGAGCCCUCCGAUAUGUCCCUGAAAACCAUAUACAAAGAAACUAGCCCAGUUGGUACACUUUGCUACAUUGAUCCUGAGUAUCAGAGGACUGGAAGAGUUUCAACUAAGUCGGACAUAUAUGCCUUGGGAGUGGUGAUCUUACAGUUAUUGACAGCAAAAGCAGCAAUUGGGAUAUCUUAUUUGGUUGAGGAUGCAAUUGAUGAAGACAAUUUGAUAGAAAUCUUGGAUCCAGAAGCUGGGGAAUGGCCAGAGAAGGAAACACUUGAGUUGGCGUUACUAGGACUGCAGUGUUCUGAACUUAGAGGUAGAGAUCGGCCUGAUUUAAGAGAUAAGGUUCUUCCUGCCCUAGAGAGAAUGAAUGAAAUGGCUGACAGUGCCCGCAAUUCAGCUACAAACGCCCAAACAGCAACACCAGUACACUUUAUCUGCCCCAUUCUCAAGGAUGUAAUGGAGGACCCAUAUGUGGCAGCUGAUGGAUACACAUACGACCGGAGGGCGAUAGAGCAGUGGCUGACAGAAAAUGACACAUCGCCCUCUACAAAUCAACCACUUCCUCACAAGUUUAUAAUGCCAAACACUGCCCUGCUUGAAGCUAUUAAACAAUGGAAGUCCAAACAACGUACAAGAUAACUGACACUUUGCUGCAUAUACUACAGGCUUGGCUUGGUUUUGUAGAAGAGAGUGUUAUAGAAUGAAAGGAACUUUAGCAAAUACUACUAACCUUCAAGAGGACCUGGAACGGGCAAGAUUGAUUAAUUUCUACAUUGCACUAUUACAUUUUCUCUAAUGUAAUGUAAUUAUAUAUUCAUUCAUGAGAAGAUAAAUCAAAGUUAUUCCAUUUUUGGAUCAA